AUGAUGUGGACGCUUUUUCUUUUUCUGCUGGUUAAUCAAGUCAACGGGCAUCCAACAGAUGGUCUUGCUCAGACGCUGAAGGAAGAAUUUGAUUCUACAUUGAACACGACACUGUGGAAUUAUGGUUACCCGUGGGGUACAUACUACAACAAUCGUGCAAAUAUGGUACCUAGACAAGUGAAAAUUAUCGAGCAAAAGGUCGAGUUGAAAGCAACUGCAGAACGAAGCAUCAAUGUCGGCAUUUCAAAUGAGUACGGAACGUUCGAUGUUGAUUUCUCAUCUGGCACAAUCAACACAAACGGAAAAUUUUGUUAUACGAACGGCUACAUCGAACUUCUCACGCGCGUUUCUUCAGUUCCCAGCAGUUGGUCGACAAUAUUUCUCGUUGCACAAGAUCAGACGCUACCCGAAAUAACGGUCAUGGAAGUCUUUGACAAUCAUAAACGAUUUGCGUACGGUAUCCAUUACACUUCUGAAGAGGGAAAUGCGCAGGUGAUGGGUGGUCGAUCAGGCGAAUACAACGACAAUCUGGGUUCCGAUUUUCAUCGAUACGGUGUGGAUUUUGGAUACGACCAGAUAACGUGGUAUUUCGAUGACCAAAUUGUUAAUUCAUUCACCAUUCCGAAGGAGUUGGAACAAGUGAAAGAUAUGUGCUUGGUAGUAAGCUUGGGCGUCGGGGGAAAAUCUCAAACUCGACCAGAUCCAAAAACAUAUCCGCUGACGAUGACCAUUGACUCUGUUCAAGUAUGGCAACCGAAGUACGAUGGAUUUUAUAAAUUCAUCAACGUUAACAGUAAUCUUUUGUUGGAAAUCGACGGUGCUUCGCAUGAUAACAGUGCAAGAGUGCUUCAAUGGCACGAUAAUGGAGGGGCGUGGCAAAUCUGGCAUGUACAAUAUGCGGGAAAUGGCCAAUAUCGUCUCAUUGUUUCUCACAGUCGUCAAGCGUUAGAUGCUUUUGACUGGGGCCAAGAUGACGGCACAAACCUGAUUCAAUUUCCGUAUCAUGUCGGAAAUAAUCAGCUGUGGAAGGUUCAUGAAAACGAUGAUGGAACAAUCACAUUAAUCAAUGUUCACGCAAAUAAAGUGGCCGGACUGGCAGGUGCCUCGACUAAUCCAGGUGAUCAAGUGAGCUUGUGGACGAGUAAUGGUCAGCCAGAUCAGAAAUGGAAAAUGGUUCAAGUAUGA